CCCACACUCUCCCUCACCCACACACUCUCUCUUUCUCUGAUGUCUUCUUCUCAAUGGAGGCCAUGAGAAGAAACAAGCCCGCUGGUCUAGCCAAGGGCAGCGUGGAUAAGGGUGCAUCCACAAAGAAAGAGGAACUUGAUGCCGCAAGCAACGGAGAGGAGAAACCAGAUGUUGACAAAGAGAUAGCUGUCAGGCUGUCGUCCUCCCCUCCAGCAGAGACGAUGCUGAACGGCACCGAAUGCGACGCCGCGCGGCACAAGAGCCCGACACACGGCUCAGCGACCGCCAACAACAAGACUUUGCUGCUGCUCAACGAAAAUGGCACGUCGGACGUGGAGCCACCACACGGUUCUGUUACUGGAAGCAACGGAUUCAUUCUCACGAAGCAGCAGCAGGACGGAGGCUCCGCAGCGAAGCCGGGUUCGGCAGUUUCCCCUCACAGGACUAACUGGUUGCCUUCGGGCUCACCGACAGGGGGGGACACGGCCAAAUCUCCCCCGGCCUCGGCGUCUGGGUGCACGCAGAGUUCAGGCGCGCUAAGGACUGACCCCAGUACAGGGACUACGUCGGGACAGGAGACACCGGACACUAAGAACGGCAUGGCCUCGUCUCCUGCCCCGGCUCCAGCAGCCGUCACGAUACACAGAGCGCGCAAGACCAUGUCCAGACCUGCUGUGAGCCCGGCACAAAAGCUUCUUAACAGGGAAUUAAGAGAAGCACAGAGUGCCAAAAUGGAGAAAAUGGAGACUCAUGUUGUACCGGACGCUCAGAAACCCUCGCAGCAGCCCUCCGCUCAGAACCAUCUACCUCAGAGUCCACCGGAUACUCCAGCUUCAGCACAAACAGCUUCAUCGGCUUCACCAGCACCUCCCACAGCUCCCGCAACACCUCCGUCUCCCGAGGAUCCUCUGGCUCCACCGGCUGCACCGGCUUCUGCGGCUCCUCAAACUUGUCCAGCUCCAGCCAAGCUCCAACUAGGUCCGUACUCAGGAGGGUUUUCGUCCCGGAAGAAGAAGAGGAGGAUGGGAAUGUACAGCCUGGUUCCCAAGAAGAAAACCAAAGUGCUUAAGCAGAGAACUGUGCUGGAAAUGUUCAACGAACUACAACAGUCUGCCAAGAGCCCGCAGGCUAAAGAGGUAGCAAACAUUAAUGGCGAGAAGGUCGAAAAUGCAUCCGAAGAGGAAGAGUCCGAGGAGGUGGAGUCUGAGGAAGAGGAGCGACAGCAACCGACAGAAGAACCCGUCAGUGCUGUCCAGGAAGCCACAGCUGAACCCAUCUCUCAGGUGGGAGAUGAGCAGGAGUCUGAAGAGUCUGGAGAAGAUGAGGGAGAGGAGGAGGGCACAGAGUCCGACUUGAGCACGGAGUCCAGUCUGAAGAAGAAGUUGAAAAAGAAAAUAAAGAGAGACGGCGCUUGGCUCAGGCCGUCCAGGAAACGGAAGAGGAGGAUAAAGGCCAAAGAACUGGAAGCAGUGGAUCAGCCUCAGGCUGCAGCUGAGCCCAAGGUGGCUGAUGGGAAUGAGCGCACGCAGAUUUCCUCACCUGAGUCCGUCAACCUCAACAAGCCCCAAGAGCCGACGGUUCCCUCAGAGAACAAAGACACUUCAGGGUCGGUGAUUGAGGAGGCUCAGGAGCUUCCGCUCUGCAGCUGCCGCAUGGAGACGCCCAAGAGUCGAGAGAUCCUCACGCUGGCAGACAGGAAGUGCAUGGCCACGGAGAGCGUUGAUGGACAGCUGACCCGCUGCCAGGGCGCCAUACUGAAACAUGAAAUGAUGCGUCCCUCCAACUCGGUUCAGCUGCUGGUUCUGUGCGAGGACCACCGCAACGGCAUGGUGAAGCACCAGUGCUGCCCUGGCUGUGGCUUCUUCUGCAGGGCUGGGACCUUCAUGGAGUGCCAACCGGACCUCAGCAUCUCUCACCGUUUCCAUCGUGCUUGUGCCUCAGUGCUGAAAGGUCAAAGCUUCUGUCCCCACUGUGGAGAGGAGGCCAGCAAGGCCAAGGAGGUCACCAUCGCCAAUGCCGACACCACCUCCACCGUGCCGCCCGCGCUCGAACACGGACCAGCCACACCUGGGGUCCCCGAGGGCCGAGCGGACACCACCACUGACAGCUCCUCUCGUCUGGCUGUGGGGGCUGAAGUCAGUGGCAGGGCCGACAGCUCGCUGUCUGCUCGUCCUGCACACGGGCUAGACUCCUCUGCCGUUCCUGGUUCGUCCAUGACGCCAACACUGCUGACUGGUUUGGGAACAACGGUGCCACCUACAGUCCCUCAAGGACCGCCUAGAGAGACUCUGGAGAGCAUCCUGGUGGCGCUCGACACAGAGAAGCCCAAGAAGCUGCGUUUUCACCCCAAACAGCUUUACCUCUCGGCCAAACAGGGAGAACUCAAGAAGGUCUUGCUCAUGUUGGUGGACGGUAUCGACCCUAACUUUAAGAUGGAAUCUCAGAACAAACGCACCCCGCUCCACGCUGCAGCGGAAGGAGGAUACAAAGACAUCUGCCACAUGCUCGUGCAGGCGGGAGCGAACUUGGACAUGUGUGACGAAGAUCAGCGGACGCCACUGAUGGAGGCCUGUGAGAACAACUACAUGGACACGGUCCAGUACCUGCUGAGAGCUGGAGCCAGCGCCAUGCACAAGGUUAACCUGCAUCUAGUUUCUCUUUCAUCGACCAGCUGCAGUGAGGAGUAAUCUGACCUUUUCAUCUUUUGUCAGCCGUCACACUGGUGCUUUUUGUAUUCUUUUUGUCCAAAUGAAAUACAAAAAACUGAAAUUAACUUAUUUAAUUCAAGAUGUUAAAGUGACAUAUUUAUUACUUUAUCACAUGCAUAUAUACAGGUGCUGGUCAUAUAAUUAGAAUAUCAUCAAAAAGUUGAUU